AAGCUUCCUCCGGGCACAGCCGGGCGACACGAGCCGAGAUGCAGGACUGCCUGGGCUGCGCGCUCGCGCUGUGCCUCGCGCUCGCCCUCCCUUUGCUGAUGCUUCUGGCCGCUCCUUGCAUCAGGAAGUUUAUUGCAGGAGGUAAAUGUACGUCUGCAGCAAAGCUGAAUGGGAAGGUUGUAGUGAUCACAGGCGCCAACACAGGCAUCGGGAAGGAGACUGCCAAAGACCUUGCAGGAAGAGGUGCUAGAGUCAUUCUUGCUUGCAGGGAUAUGGUAAAAGCAGAGGCUGCAGCCGAUGAAAUCCGGACCAAGACAGGGAACCAACAAGUUAUUGCAAAGAAAUUAGAUUUGGCAGAUACCAAAUCUAUCCGAGAAUUUGCUGAGAAUCUCCUGGAAGAAGAGAAAGAACUUCAUAUCCUCAUUAACAAUGCUGGAGUUAUGAUGUGUCCCUAUUCGAAGACAGCGGAUGGCUUUGAAAUGCACUUUGGAGUCAAUCACCUUGGACACUUCCUUUUAACAUUCCUGUUGACUGAGCGCUUGAAGCAAUCUGCACCAUCUCGAAUAGUCAAUGUGUCCUCCUUGGCUCAUCAUGGAGGGAGGAUUCGCUUUGAGGACCUCCAAGGCGAGAAAAGCUAUCACCGGGGCCUGGCCUAUUGUCACAGCAAACUGGCGGGUAUUCUUUUUACCCGGGAGCUGGCCAGACGACUGCAAGGUACUGGAGUUACAGUCAAUGCUUUGCAUCCAGGCACUGUUGCCUCUGAUCUGACCCGUCACUCCACUAUAAUGAAUUUUUUGUGGAAGUUGUUGCCUUUCCUUUUGAAAACAUCUCAAGAAGGAGCCCAAACCAGUGUCUACUGUGCGGUGGCAGAAGAGCUGGAGUCAGUGAGUGGGAAAUAUUUCAGUGACUGUAAACCAGCCUAUGUAUCACCUCAAGGACGCGAUGAUGAAUCAGCAAGGAAGCUCUGGGAUGUCAGCUGUGAACUGUUAGGCAUCCAGUGGGACUGAAUAGUGGAUGACCCUUAUCUGUAGUUGCACCUUUCAAGAGAGAACAAACAUUGGCAGAACUGAAGGCCAAAUAUUUCAUGCUCACUGAACACAAACAAAAAUCAAACCAGAUUUAGAGAUUUAAGGCUGUUUCCAUCUGAGUUCAUUCUCAAGAUGCUUGUUUCUAACAAGAGGGCAGUGUGUUUUCUAGUCUACAUUUUCCACAAAUGUACAAGUAAAAAAAGUUGUAGUUAUCAACUAUAUGUAUCUGACCUUUCUCAUUCAAUGUGGAGAUUUGUUUAGACAAAUCUGAAUGUGUUUAACCAGGAUGGAGGAACCAUGUUUUUGCAACUUGGAAAACUUCUGUUUAUAUGCUUUUCACACCCUAAUCUUUUGUUAGGUCUGAUCAUAAAGGAGUUUUGGCUCUAAUAAGCUAGUUUAUUUAUAUUGUCAGAAGCAAGUUGAGGGUACAGUUAACAUGUAUUUUAAAAACACAAACAGCUUUUAAAAACUUGGCAUUAUCUUAAAUGUCUUUGACCAGAAGCUGGCCACUUGGAGUGCCUCUUAUGUCGCUUUGAGAAGGUCCUCCAUUGUGCAUGUGUCAGUGUUCAGGUUGCAUUGUAGUAGGUGGCCUGUGGUUUGCUCUUCUCCACACUCGUCUGUCGUGGACUCCACUUUGUAGCCCCAUUUCUUAAGAUUAGCUCUGCAUCUCGUGCUAGUGAUCCAAGCAUAACAUUUUGAUUUAGGAGAGGGGGCUAGACCUACAGAAAGUAAGGAGCCAGAGAGAAAAUGCUCCAGUUGGAACUGACUUCAGGCUGUUAAAGGUUUCCGGCAUCUGCUGUUGGCAUUAUUUAACGCAUAAAGAGCAGAUUUCUUCAAUAGAGGAGUAAUGCUUACA